UAACAGCUAACGUUAGCUGCUGUCGGGGGCCAGUAGUAGGACCUGCAGUCCGUACACGACGUAGCGUUAGCACCGAGAGUCAGAGCAGCAUCACAGUGUGUUAAACGUUUGCUGUAGAAAAACUACUGAUAUCCGCACAGUUGGUGCGUAGAAGACCUUAAAGGACACCAUGAGGUGCACGCACUAACAACUUCAAAUCAUUUAUACUGGAAAACAAGAAGCAAUGCAGGAAAGUCUGAUGCAAGUAAAUGAAGUACAGGUGUCGGGGACGUCCAGGGGUAAAGACGGAGCCGCAAUGCUGAACCCGGCCAAUGGUGACCCAAGCCACAUUGUUGUGAAUUAUGUUGAGGAGUAUCUGGACCUGGUGGAGUCAUUACCUUUUGAUUUGCAGAGGAGUGUGUCUCUCAUGAAGGAAAUUGAUGCCAGGUAUCAAGAUGUUCUGAAGGAGCUUGAUGAUGCUUAUGAACGGUAUCGCCGGGAAUCUGACUCUUUUCAGAGGCGAAAGCUUCAGUUAUCCAUUCAGAGGGCGCUGAUUCGCAGUCAAGAGCUCGGAGAUGAGAAGAUCCAGAUUGCUGGUCAAAUGGUGGAGUUGGUUGAGAACCGAACACGACAGCUGGACUGGCAUUCUGAACUUCUCCUUUCCUCUCAAGAAGUCCCAGAGAGCCACGUCCCCACAGCAACAUCCAUGACAACCACUGCAGCAUCCAUGAUGUCGUCAUCAUCAUCAUCGUCAGCCACCAUCACGCCGGGCAAAACUAGCCACCAUGACAAGAAGCGUGACGAGGUCACCCCCGGCUCAGGCGGCGGAGACAAGGCUGGAGGGAAACGCUCGAGACGUCAGAAAAAUGGAGAACCACGGGAAAGUUACGGAGGUCUGGAUCACGCUGAGGAAGUGGGAGUGGGGGCAUCCCGGGAAAAAAGGGCCAAAACAAGUUCAAAGAAGAAGAAAAGGUCAAAAGGAAAGUCUGAGAGAGAAGUAUCACCCCCAGACCUGCCCAUUGAUCCAGAUGAGCCAACAUACUGCCUGUGUGAGCAGGUGUCCUACGGAGAAAUGAUUGGCUGCGACAACGAUGAAUGUCCCAUUGAGUGGUUUCAUUUCUCCUGUGUUGGGCUCCAUCAUAAGCCCAAGGGCAAGUGGUACUGCCCCAAGUGUAGGGGUGAGAAUGAGAAGACCAUGGACAAGGCCUUGGAGAGGGCCAAGAAGGAGAGGGCGUACAACAGGUAGCUCGCUCUGUCUGGGCCAAUGAACACUAUUGCGCAAAUGUAAUUUUAUGUCCUCUUUGUUUCCCUUUACUGUCAAAACUGUUUUGAAAAGUUUUGAAUUGUGAGGGAUCCUGUAAAUAGUUAUUUUUGUAACUGUAGCUGCAUAGCUGAGACACAAGAUUGCUCCCUCCUGGUUUGGAUCAUUUGUAAAGAAUGAGCAUAGUACAGUACAACCUGCAUGUAGCCAGCUGUCCUACAUCCCCUUGUCAUCAUGCAUGCAACAUCACCUCCUCCCUUCACAUAUGCUCAAUUAACAAAUAAAACAUUUCUAAACAAAAGAAGAAUGUUAUGUUUACAUCAAUUCAGGGUGAAGUGAAGAAUCCAUAGAAAAUGAAGGUGACAUCAUUGUGCAGUGUCCUGUCUUAAGUAAACUAUUGUGUCCAUAAUCACUCAUGCACUACUUCCUAUUUAACAGACACACUGUAGUAGUUUAUUCUGUAGUGAGCAGUAAACUGAGAUUUUGGACAAUUGUGGAGCAUCUUAUUGAAUCAUCACAUAAGUGUCACAACAGAUUUUCUGUAAAAUGUGACUUCGCAUUGUGGGAUUGUUAGCAGGAAGUAAAGUAUACUUAUAUCAUUGAUAUUUCUGAACGAUGUAUCAAGACUAUGUGAAAGGGGUGGCAUUUAGUAAUGAAACUACAGUGAAUAAUCACCUGAAUCUGCUGCCCCCUUUGGCUUUACAGAGUUUUAGUGAGACUGUAACUGGAUACUGCUGAAGUCUCAUUUGCUUUUGCUGAACUUUAGAAGGAAUUUUAAGAUGCGCUGGACUAUAGAUUUUGUUGCCCAUCACUAAGUUUCUUUAAGAGGUAUCUCUUUGUGGCCAGUAUGGAGAACAGGAACAAAAAAUCUUUACAUUUUAGUCAAUUCAAAUAAAAAGGUGUAAAUAUAGUAUACUACAUACUAAAUAGGAAGUGAUUUCAGCCUACAUUUGUAAUCUGUUGUAAAUAAGCCGUCAAUCACACUAGAAAGUUUCACUUAUAACUCAAGUGAUGAGUUUUGUUGCUCUAGUGUAUAUUUCAAGUGAUACAACUUUAACAGUGGCAUUUCUGGCAUGUUUAAUAUGUUGAUGUAGCAAUGAUAACUCCCAUGUUAUUUAGGGACUAGAUUAUAUUUGUAUGCAAAACCACAGUUUACCUCACUGGCAUUGCCUUGAAUUGACAUACUGGUCUCACAAAACUUGACACAGCAUCAGUAUUAACCCCUGUCGAAGCAAGAAAAUAAUAUAGAAUUUGCAGUUACAAUAAAAAGCUUCACGCAAAACAGA